AUGGAUGAAGUUGAGGAACUGGUCCUCAGACCCUUUCGAGAGGUUGUCGAGAAGGGAAAGUUGGCAGUGGAGAAUGCGGCCGACUCACCAGAUAUGCUGAAGGAAGCGCAGCGUCUUGUGAAAGUUGGUGAACGGGGAAUGAGUCGCAUUGAAGCCAGCUGCAAGAAGCUGUAUAAUGAUUACAGCUCCAAUUUUGUAUCAGCACUCAAAGAAAACGAGGAACUCACAAAAGUCCGCUCCCAGCUUACGAACCUGUUAUGGGACUUCGAGGACUAUAUCGAAUCCGAUACAUUCGAAGCAGCCAAGUUCAAAGAAUUGCAAGACUUGGACCGAGAAGUCGCGCCGAAAGUGUACAACAUACUCAUUACCAUGAAACUGGAUGCUCCAAAUCCUUAUCUAUCCCAAUUGUCGCCGCCCUCAUCACCACAUCCUCCCGCAUUUUCUCCCGUUCAGCCAACACCACAGCAUCCAUUUGGCCUGGGUUUUAACCGGGGAUCUGGAUCAGUUUCUGGCUCGCAGGGCGACGCGAGAUCCGUAGCAGAGUUCCCUACUGUGGAGGACGCCACCGCCCAAUUCAGGACGCUCAUGUCAGAUCGUCAAUUGUCAAGUUCCCAUGGCCACCGUCAAGAUUCUGGGUUGGCUGUCCAGACAGAGGAGAUUCCUCCAGAGCAGCCAAUGCUGGAACCACCUCGGCCACCUUCUCUCGACCCCUGGGAUCCCCAAAAAGCGCCUUAUAGCGAUGAUGGAAGGACAGACAAUGACAGUCCAGUCGGUCGUAGGCCAACAGUCUACAGGCCAGAGUCGCCCAUUGACCCUGCUAUCUCGCCAAUGAGCCCAGACAAUCGCCAUCGCCAACAGUCAAUCUCUCAAAUGUCAUCCGGCGGCAGUGUCACAGGAGGGUCAGAAUCUGAUUCCCAUCUUCACGACGAUUAUCGGCAUUCUGGGUCUAGCACAUUCUCAAACCCAGCAAACGCUGUUGGUCAUGGUACGAGACCACGGGCUCACACCUUAUCACCGACCAUUCUCGAGGAAGAACCACCGCCACGACGAUCAAGUAAUCCCGGAUAUGUCCCACAGUUACAAGUACGGCCACCAGUUCCUCCAAUUCCCCUAGCACAUCGAAAGCCAUCGGGUCCUUUACCAACAAGCGGGGUGGAGGACAUGGACCGCCAAUACCAGAUCAGACAGCAACCUCAGGGCCAGCCUCCAAAUGCCCCUCUACCAGCACCUCCUAGCCGCAAUAACAGCUCGACUAGCGAUGCCGCUUGGAGCCCUCGCUCCUCCACGCCGAAGAGCCAACCCGGCCUCGAAGUAGCACCCAGGAUUCCACAGGCUGAAAUGGAUACGGGACUCAUCCCAGUAGAAUCGGAGGGUAGCGACGCCAGACUUCAGGCCAGCCUCUCUCAAAGGGACUGCACCAUUGGACCCGGCAGCACAUUUUAUCUCUACAAGGGCUUCUGUGACGGUGCCAAGGAAGUCUUGCAUGGUGACAUUGGAGUGAAGAAGACGAAGAAACCUGGGUUUGCCGCCGCAACAACCGUCGCCAGAUGCACAGGCUGUCUGUUUGAGCUCGAUUUCUCUCAAAUCGAGAUUGACGUGAACAAGGAAGACAAGGGCAACUUUUACAAGAGCGGAAUCAAUUAUCGUCUUCGAUUUUUGCAGAAGAGCCAUCUGCCAGCUAAAAGAGUAGAUGACGUGCUCUAUGCUUGUGUCUUCUGCGUCCGAGCUGGCCGUACCCUCGAUGAAUGCGAUGCGACCGUCUUUACCACCACCAAGGCAUUGUUCAACCAUCUAUCCCAUCAUCCACGACCACUCCCCGAGGUUCCUGGAAUUGCUGUGGUAGAAGGCUCUGACAUGCCAGCACACUUACGCAACGACUACGACGUUCACUUCAAGAAUCCACCUGAGGCGCACCCAGCACAGCUGAAUCUGUCGGAAAUAGCCGGAAAGGCCACAGCCAUAGCCAAGGAUCACUCUCGAAGAUUAUACGGACAACGCCUUCUCUUUGAUAGAAGCCCGGCUCUCGAGAUUUGCCACGGCGCCAGAGUCACUGGAAUUACUUGGCCAGAUAAGUACAAUGGAGAAUGGAUCUUUGGUUGGCACGACGGUCUGCAUGCGUCUACUCCAGCAGAUGUCGUCAAACUUGAACCUCCGCCGUCUGAAGAGAUAAGAAUGGUGGGUUCGAGCCUGAUUCGAGCAAAAGCUAGGUGGAAGUUCGCGCAAAAGGACAAGGAGAAGGACAAGAGCCUUUGGCUGAAGUUUGACAAGAAUGAGCCCAUCAUCAAUAUCAGCUAUCCAUACCCAGAGCAUUGGUGCUGGUCAGGAACAAACGCAAAGGGCAAAUGGGGCAUCUUCCCCAAAGUCUUCCUUGAACCAAGCACUAUUCAGGAACUCACGACUGAAGGGGCCGAUCGUGCGCUCACUUUAAAUAACGAGAAGAACAAAUCUUCGUCAAUGUUGUCCAAAUUUUCAAUGAGACGGCCGUCAGGUCGACCUCCCAGCAUCGCCGAGUCAACUAGCAGUCAUGAGACACAAAACACACAUGGUGGAUUUUCACCGUUCAGGUAUUCUCGGAGCAGUAGAGGUACAGAGUAA